UAAUAAUCAAUGAGGUAUUCAAUUACGUCUGUGCCAAUGCAAGGCUUGGGUACAACUGGCCAUUAGUGCAAAUUGGUACCUUGCGUAACUGAAGUAAGACUGAUGAAAUGCCGAAUCUGGAGAUGAUACAGAGCUAAGCGGAGCAUCAGUAAAAGAGUUUCCUGUGUGGUUGCAUCCACUCUUAAUCUUGACAUUUGCACUCACCUAUCAGAGUCUUUUAUAGGACAGACAAGUGUAUUCAGCCUGUGUAUUUCUUUUCUUGGCUUAUUUUCAGGGCUCUUGGUCCACACGAAGGACCCUCAAAAUUCUUAAAUUCAAGCUCUGGCGAUAAGCAUUAAGAUCUUCUUCCUCCCGGGACACACGUACGUACUCUGCGCAAGUUCAGACGUUUUCUUCUAAAAAUCAGUAAUGAGUGAAGUAGGUGUAACCUAUUCUGAAUUACGGCUUCAAGAUUCAUCUCAGCCACAGAGAAGGCGAAGACUUGAAACGUCUAAAAAAAAAGGUCAAGAUCAUCCUGCUCCAUCUUCUUCAUGGAAAUUCGUUGCAGUGUUUCUGUGGAUCAUCUGCCUGGGACUUCUUUUUUCUAUUGGAUACUUAGCCAUUGAGAUGAAUAAGAAGCCAUUUCAACUAGAAGGAUGUCCAGGAAAUAUCUCCUCCAACCAGGAAGCAAAUAAAUCAGUUUGCAAAUAUCCUACUUGUCCCAACAACUGGCACCAGUAUGGAGAAAACUGCUACCAUUUCUCAAGAACUCUGCUUCCUUGGAAACAAUGUCACCAUCAUUGCUUCCUUUCAGGGUCAAGAUUUGUUAAAUUGAAUACUGAAGAAGAGCUGAAUUUCAUAAUAAAACUGUCAAAGAUGCAAUGUGAUCUGCAGAAAGAUAAGUUUUUCAUCAGUUUAUACUACGACAACCAAAAACUGAAAUGGGUUUGGCGAGAUGGCACAGAUCUUACCCUGGACAAGCUUCCAGUUCCUGGAUAUGAGAAUGCUCAUAAUAAAUGUGUACACAUAAAAUAUGGCCAGAUAAUUACUGAAGAUUGCCAAAGUCGUGGCUAUUGUAUCUGUAAGAAGACCAUGUAUCCAGGCUAGGCAAAAUACAUCAGAAAGAAAAAAAGAAAAAGAACACCUGGAAUUUCCUAGUGUGACGACUUCAACUACAUGAAAUAUUUAUUUAGCUAAAAGUAGAUGUCAUUAAACAUUGAAGUCCAUAUGUUAUUCUUUAACUUUAAUUCAUAAUAUGUAACAGGAUAAAUAUGAUUAAUAACAUACUAGUUACAUUGGAUAAUACAAAGAAAAUAAAGAAUGUGAUGGAGCAUUAUUGAGAUGGGAGUAUUAAGUAAAUCCUUCCAUUACUGGGUGAGUGGUAUUAAAUAAAUCAAGUUUUCAGAAGUUCAGGU